AUGUCACAGUUUGCAGCAAAAGCUUUCUCUUCAUCAAAUUAUGCCGCUGCUCGUCCUAGAUACACAGAAGACCUCCUGAAUAAAAUAUUCGAGUAUCAUAAAAGUGGCAGUGCUUUAAGUGUAGAUUUAGGUUGUGGUCCUGGUACUAUCACCAGCUACCUAUCAGAGCGUUCGAAUCAUGUACUGGGUGUAGAUCCAUCUUCUAAUAUGUUGAACGAAGCAAAGAAGCAAUUGGAUGGACUAAAGAAUGUCGAAUUACAUCAGGGACUUGCCAAUGAACUCCCAAGUUUACUAUCUGAACCAGCUGACCUCAUCGUUAGUGCUCAGGCUGCUCAUUGGUUCCAUAGUCCACCGAAUAACACCUCAAAUUGCGGUCUAUGGAAGGACAUCGGUGCAUCGCUCAGAUCUGGUGGUUCAUUAGUGUACCUUGUUUACGGUGACAUAGAAGUGCUAAACUAUCCUAACUUGAGUGCAUUUCAACGUGUUAAAGAUAUCUUGCAACCUUAUUGGCAACAGCCUGGUAGGCGAUUCCUUGUUAAUCUACUUCGAGAUGUAGAAUUCCCGGAAUGGGGUGUCAACACUCAAAGGCAGUUCUUUGAUAAAGAGACUGGCUAUGUACUCAAAAAUAGUACCUCAAUCAGCGCAUUCUCUGAGUAUAUUUCGACGUGGUCUAGCUAUUCCAAAUAUCUGGAACAGUCAAAUGCAAAUACACAACUUAUAGAACAGCUCAACAAGGAUAUCAAAGAGGAAGUUGGUGGCGAUAAACCCCUAGAAAUAGCAUUUCCAGUGGCAUUAUUUAUGUGUCAAAAAGAAUAAUGGGUAUAGAUGUACGUUUUGAUAAUUUAUGCCUCCGUGUCAUUCUCUUUCUGAUCAGUUUUUGCUGGUUUUUUUGCGAAGAAACCGUCCAAUUUCAUCAUCUUUCUAGUAUCUACUUUCUUCAGCUGCUCUGAGCCCCUGGUACCCUUCGCUGGUUUCUUCUGCUUGUCAUCGUUAUCUAGUUCUUUACCUUCGUCAUAUCCUUUGUUUGAACGGAUGAGAGUAUCAGAUUUGAAUUUUUCCUUGCUAGCUUUCUCCUCGUGUGCGUCUAAAUCUGGCAUCGGAUGCCUUUCCUUGAUCUGGGCGUGUAGACUUCUUGGUAUGCUAUACAAAAUGGUGUCAAUGAUGUUUUUCUUG